UAGAUCACACAUCAUUCCUCGGUUUAAUGUGCGAUCAUGGACAGGUUUCUGGGAGAGUAGGUGGUAAAGGAGUCAUCGACAGGUUUUAUGACAGAAACUGGCCUCGGUGUGAGAGGAACACACCCUGAUCAUAAACACUGAGCUGAUAAGAGGGUCUAAAGGACGCGAGCCGGACUCAGACUGAGCUAGUCGUUGCUGGAGCUUCACUGGACCGAACCCUGUCCAAUCUGAACAAUCCUAUCAUGAGGAGAUCGACUCUGUGUGUCCUGCUGGUGCUUCUGGGCUUCGGAGGAGUUUCUGCUUCAUCAGAGAGCCCCCGGUGCACAGAUCCCAAAGAUGUAGGACAAGGAAAUGAAAAUCGGUUUAAGUUUUUCUAUGAUCCGCAGAAAGAGCUCUGUGUCCCGUUCCUCUUUAAAGGCCAAGGUGGCAACAGCAACCGCUUCAACAGCGAUGAAGAGUGUGUGAAAGCAUGCUCGCCCAAAGCUCACGAGAUCUACCCGGAUGACGAUAAGGUCUGCUCUCUGCCAAAGGACGAAGGUGACUGCUUCGCUUCGAUUCCGAAGUAUUACUACGACAAUACAGAGAAGAUGUGCCUUAUGUUCUUGUACAGAGGCUGCAAUGGAAACGGCAACCGUUUUGUUUCUCGAGAGGAUUGUCAGGCUAUGUGUGGUGCACGAUCCGGACGGCUGCUGGGAGACCUGCCAAACCCCGAUGAGAAGACUGUUAAUGCAGGGCUGAUUGUGGGAGUUUUGGGUGGGAUUGUGUUCGCUGGUGCUGUCAUUUCUGCGAUUGUAGUGUUUGUGCUCCAGAAAAAAAGCAAGAAAGCAGAACGAAAGCCAGUGCCGACGUCUGAUAUCGAAAUGAAAUAGAUAUUUCUUCACAGCAUUUGUUUGUACAUACCUUACUAGUGCUUUUGUACAUCAUGUUUGAACAGUUAUUGAGCAAUCGGGUUAAAUGAUAAAUAUUGAUGUCUAUGAUAAACUAGUGAUGUAAAGCAGUUUAAUACUAAAAGCAAUCCUGUUUUGUUUUAUAUAUGGCAGCAGUUUCACAGAUGUACCUGAUCAAAGAUGAUGUAACAAACAAAUCAUUACUUUUCUGUGUUUUAUAUUGUUUUUUUAAAGAGAUAUUGUAUUAAUACAAUAAAUCAUACAUUAAUACAA